AUGACUGCCAUUGUAGACGUUCAAGGCUUUAAAACAGAAACAAAUGAAUUUAUAAUAAAAGAAAUUGCUGUACUUUGUAAUAAGAAACUGCAAGUGUUUUUGAUUAAGCCACCAUUCCCGUUUUACGAUUUAACAAAGCAGGAAAGAAGACAAGUUGCAUGGAUUGAACGUAAUCGACAUAUAUAUUGGAGUGAAGGGUUUAUACAUUAUUCAAAUUAUCAACAUUUAAUUUUAGAUGUUUUAAGAGAUAAGUGUAUAUACACUAAAGGUCAUGAAAAAAUGUUAUGGUUAAAAAGAAUUUUAAAUAAUAAUAAUAAUAAGAGCGUGUUUAAUUUGGAAGAUAAAGGUUGUCCUAAUUUAUUAAGCUUGUAUGAUCAAUAUAAAUAUUAUGAAGGCAUGUAUAAUUGUAUUUAUCAUGACUCAAUAUGUGGUUUAAAAAAUGUUUUAUGUUUAAAUAAAUGGUGUAUUGAUAAUAAAGUUUUUCAAUAA